ACAGUCGCCGAUUUGGUUCAUCACAUUCGCAAUCAUUUGCCGCUCAAAGACUUGGCCUCAGCGGUGAACGUGUUCUCGAAGAACGUUCACGACGAGUCCCUCCCGACGUCCAUUCAGACCAUGUCCUGCAAACUGUUACUCAAUUUAGUGGAAUGUAUUCGCCAGAAGUCGGAACAGGACCCGAGUGUCAACGCGCGGGAACUGUUGAUGAGAAUGUUGGAGGUGUUUGUCAUUAAAUUCAAGAACAUAUCCACUCUUCAGUUGCCGGCGCUCAUCAAUAAGUCGAAGCCGAGUCCGGCGCCGACACCAGCCGUCGUGGCCUCACAACCGGCCACUCCGGCAGUGGUGGACGCGAGUAAAUUCGAAGACGUGAAGUUCGCCAUCGGUUUCCCGUCGGGUAUCGGCGAAGCGAUGGCCAAAGACGACAAACCAAAGUUCGGUUUCCCGGCCUCGCCUUCUGUCAACUACUCGGUGACCGACUGUCGGAGUUUAGUGAAGACACUGGUCUGCGGCGUGAAGACAAUCACGUGGGGUAUACCGUCGUUCAAACAUCCCAACGAACCCAUACAACAGACCAAUCAGAACAUCAAACAAUUUCACCCGAAAGAGACGAUAGUCUUUAUCCGAUUGGUUAAGUACGCGAUGCAAGCGCUGGACAUAUAUUCGCUGACCGGCGCCGCGACCCCCAUCUCUGCGCCCAACGCCGCCGGCAUCAGUCAAACGGCUCUCCGGCCGCCAGUCAUGCAAACGGUUCGCUCCAAAGAGGAGAAGGAAGUGUUGGAACACUUCGCCGGUGUCUUCACGACAAUGAAUCCGCAGACAUUCAACGAAGUGUUCUCCACAACCAUUCACUUCGUGGUGGAGAGGAUUAACUCGAAUUACGCGCUCCAGAUUGUGGCCAACAGUUUCCUCGCCAACCCUCAGACGUCGCCCAUAUUUGCGACAAUUCUUGUGGAGUACUUACUCGAGCGGAUGGAAGAGAUGGGCUCUAAUAUGGAAAAGUCUAACCUUUACCUCAAACUCUUUAAACUGGUGUUCGGUUCGGUGUCACUGUUUGCGGCCGAAAACGAACAGAUGCUUAAACCACACCUUCACUCGAUUGUCAACCGGUCGAUGGAGUUGGCGCUCACCGCCAAAGAGCCCUACAAUUACUUUCUUUUAUUGCGGGCUUUGUUCCGCUCGAUUGGCGGCGGAAGUCAUGAUCUCCUUUAUCAAGAGUUUUUGCCACUCCUUCCCAGUCUUCUUCAGGGACUCAAUAGUCUUCAAAGCGGUUUACAUAAGCAGCACAUGAAAGACCUGUUCGUCGAACUCUGUCUGACAGUUCCCGUACGGCUGAGCUCUCUAUUGCCAUACCUUCCGAUGCUUAUGGAUCCGUUAGUUUCGGCGCUCAACGGCUCGCAGACACUCGUCAGUCAAGGCCUCCGUACACUCGAGCUUUGUGUCGACAAUCUUCAGCCCGACUUCCUGUACGAACACAUCCAACCGGUCAGAGCGGAGCUAAUGCAGGCCCUGUGGCGGACACUGCGUAAUCCGGCCGACAAUAUAUCUCAAGUGUCGUUCCGAGUGUUGGGAAAGUUUGGCGGCGGGAACCGGAAGAUGAUGACCGAACCCCAGAAGUUGGAGUUCAAUGAGAACCGCGAGGGCUUCAACACAAACGGUUCCACAAUUGUGGUCCACUUUCAAGAGCACCGAACGGCCAUUAAUUUGCCCAUCGAUCGAGUGAUUGAGACGGCGUUCAAUGCGCUCAAGUCGUCGAGCACUGACCCCUUCUAUAGGAAACAGUGCUGGGAAGUGAUCAAAGGCUUUCUCGCCGCACACAUCCAGCAACAGGCGGAUGACGAGAAGUAUCGGAUCCAACACUUCUUCAAUCNGACGAGAAGUAUCGGAUCCAACACUUCUUCAAUCAUCAGAGCUUUACCACUACUGAAAUCAACGCAAUUCAGGUGUACGGACAAUGAGUUGCGAAAAGUGCACGAAAUGGCUCUGACGGGUAUGUUUGUGGCCGUCGCUAUCAAAGAGUUGCGAUCAGUUGUCCUCCCGUUCAUGGUGUCGAUUGUGCGCCACUACACACUCGUGGCCAUCAGUCAACAGUGCGGACCAAUCAAUUUGGGCGGUCGUCAACACAAACUGCAAGGCAUGGAUCCGUUUGUGUUCAUCGACGCCGUGGCCGCCAUUAUGGGUCACGAAGAGAAAGAGCUGUGCAAACCGGGCCACUGGGCGCUCAUAUUCAUUCUGGACACUGCCAUCGCUGUGUUGGGCAGUAAGGAGAGGGCGUGUCAACUGCCGCUCUAUGAAUAUCUGGUCGAACGGAUGUGCUCUCUGUGUUACGACAGGGCCUGGUAUGCAAAACUCGGCGGUUGUAUUGCCAUUAAGUUCCUGUUCGAGCGAAUGACACUUAAAUGGGUGUUUGGCCACCAAUACGUGCUCCUGAAGGCCCUGUUGUUCGUAAUGAUGGAUCUGACGGGUGAGGUGUCGUCCGGAGCGGUCGAUAUGGCGAAAGCGAAUCUCGAGAAAAUGCUUACGUAUUGCGGAACUCCUAUACCCGGCGACGGAACCAACGCUGACUUAAUCGACGCCCAACGCAAGUCACUGCAUGAGGUGACCCAAGAGCUGGUCCGUCAGGUGACGUCGCCCAACACCUGCGUGCGAGAGCAGGCCAUCCACUCGCUGGAAGUGUUGGCCAAAGUGAGCGAGAAGAGUGUGACGCAAAUAAUGGAGCCGCACCGGGAAGUGUUGGCCGAUAUGAUACCGCCGAAGAAGCACCUGUUGCGUCAUCAGCCGGUGAACGCCCAGAUCGGCAUAAUGGACGGCAACACGUUCUGCACCACAUUAGAGCCGCGACUCUUCACCAUCGAUAUCAGCAUUCAAGAGCACAAAGUAUUCUUCAGCGAACUCUACUCCCUGUGCGACACCGAGGACUCGGUGCUCAUGAAGUUUCCCUGUUAUAAGAAUGUGACAAAUCUGGUGCCGUUGCGUAAGUCGGCGCUCAGAGCGCUCAGCGCCUGUCACUACAUAACCGCCGCCAAAGACAAGAUCUUUGUCGUACUGAUGAAGGCGUUGAACGCCAAAGACAUGGAUUUACAGCAAACCGGUUACGAAUGCAUGAAAAAGUUCAUUAGUCACGUCCACAUCGAGAAGGAAGUGCUCACAUCCAAUCUGAGGCCACAUUUGGUCAAUUUGGGUGACUUUCGGUCACUAAAUCUCAAUGUCAUCCAAAAGAUAUCAUUUAUGACACAAUUAUUUCCCGAUAUAUUCAACGAAAAACUAUGCGAACAAAUGAUACAACACUUGAAACAGUGGACCGACACCGCUAUCCGUAAUCUAAGGAGUGGCCAAAAGUAUACCGAAGAGCUGAAGACUUGCGCCGCGAUUAUCAAUCUAUUUCACGAAAUAUUAGCGGCGAGUCAUAAGUUUGUGGAACAGCUGCUGAUUCUUGUGUUCAAGACUGAGAAGCAGAUAAUGAUAGAGCCCGGGAGUAAACUUCGGGAACCGCUGCGAAAGUUUCUACAGAGAUAUCCCGAACAGACAAUUGAACUGUUAUUUAUUGAGCGCAAUAUGUUUGAGGACCAGAUCUUCCGUUUUGUUAAGUUUCUACUGAAAGGCAGCGGCGGACAGAUAUUCAGACAAAUUGUGGGCCAAAAACUCUUCAAACUUGUAAAGAUGGCCAAAGCGCCGGUCGUUAUCCAAGAGCGAGUGCCCGUUACGGCGCCGUCUCCGCAGCCGUCACCCCAACCCUCGCCAUCACCUCAGGGCGCGCCCGACGGUUCGGCCACACCUCCAGUCGUCUCAUCACCGCUACCGCAACAGACGAAGACAAUACCCGUCACAUACGACCUCCAAUUCCAGGCCAUUUCUAUCACAAACAUUCUGGUGAAAAACGACGAGCAAUGGAUCGCAUUGCCCGCGCAGAAAGAGCUCGUGGAUACACUGAAACAGGUGUGGAGUUCCGACGCCUUUCACAGCAAAUACGUGACCAACGAGUGCUCCGAUUAUAUCCAUUGGAAAGAACCGAAACUAUUGGCCAAAUGUUUGCUCAAUUACUUCCAACAACACCCGACCGAUAUCGAGCUACUGUUCCAACUGUUGCGGCCGUUUAUGGGCCGAUAUCUGUGCGAAUUUGACUUCUUGCGCGACUUCCUCGAGAACACAGUGGCCAACAAUUACACCAUCGAAUGGAAACGGCAGGCGUUCUUCAAGUUCGUGGACGUGUUCCACAACGUGGCCUAUCCUCAGGAGCUGAAGGCCAAGAUCUUGCAGUACGUGAUCGUUCCCGCGUUCAGCAUAUCGUUCGAGAGGGGAGAGGGAGAGAAGUUGAUCGGCGGACCGCCGGCGCCCGAACACGACAAUCACGACAAUUUGAUCAGCGUUUUCAUCACACAAGUCAUCGAUCCGGAGAAUCCGUUCGGAAUGUCGGACUCCGUGCGCAUACUUUUGCUACAAUUCUCGUGCCUUCUCGUAGAGCAGGCGUCCCCUCACAUACACGACGCCGCCAACAAACGUCAGGGCAAUAAACUGCGGCGACUCAUGACAUUUGCGUGGCCCUGCCUUCUGGCCAAGAACUGUGUGGAUCCGGCCACCAAAUAUCACGGACACCUACUUCUCGCCCAUAUUAUCGCCAAAUUCGCUAUCCAUAAGCGUAUCGUUCUUCAGGUGUUCCACAGUCUGCUCAAAGCGUUCGCAGUGGAGGCGCGAACCGUCGUCCGUCAGGCCCUCGAGAUAUUGACGCCCGCUAUGCCUCAGCGCAUGGAAGACGGCAACACUAUGUUAACCCAUUGGACCAAAAAGAUUAUCGUCGAAGAGGGCCACACUCUCGCACAGUUGGUCCAUAUGUUGCAACUACUCGUCCGUCACUAUAAGGUCUACUAUCCCGUCCGACACCAUCUCAUCCAACAUAUGGUCACUUCUGUGCAACGGUUGGGCUUCACGCCGAACGCCACCAUUGAGCACAAGAAGAUAGCCGUAGAUCUCGUAGAGGUUAUCAUUCGGUGGGAAUUCACACGCAUUCGCGAAGAACAGGAACAGAUCGCCAGCCCGUCGCCGAUGGCGGUGGACAGCCCGACGACGAGCGCCCAACGGAUCCCUCGACCCUCGAGCGCCUUACCCUCUGUGCCGGGCAUUCGACCGAUGCCUGCGGACAGUAACAAACCCAUAGAUAAGAUGCAUUCGGACGCUGUGGUCAACUUUCUCUUACGCCUGGCCUGUCAUGUGAACGAAACGACAACAGCUGUCGGCUCUAACGGUGAACUCCUGUCGCGGCGUUGCGUCAGUCUAUUGAAAAACGCUUUGAAACCGGAAGUGUGGCCCAACUCUGACCUCAAACUGCAAUGGUUUGACAAACUGUUGGCCACAGUGGAGCAAACGCAGCCCAACUACGGCAACAUCUGUACGGCACUGGAAUUGCUGUGCUUUCUGUUGACAAUCCUCCGCAAGGAAGCGGUGCUCAACAGUUUCAAGCCGUUGCAGAAGGGCAUCGCCUCCUGCAUGACGUGCAACAACUCCAAAGUGAUUCGUUCCGUACAUAACCUGUUGUCGCGACUCAUGAAUAUGUUUCCGCCCGAACCGACCACAUCGACAGUGGCCUCGAGACACGACGAGUUGGACGCACUCUAUCAGGCGGUCAACAAAAUCAUUCACGAAGGCCUCAACGCGUACGAGAAGAACACCGCCGCCUCGCCCUCCACUCUCUUCAGCACAUUAAUGAUCUUAAAGGCCGCGUGUCUUAACAAUCCGUGUUAUAUCGAUCGCCUCAUUACGCCGUUCAUGCGAGUGCUGCAGAAGAUGGCUCGCGACCACCUCCAGCCCCCGACGCCCACCGAACUCAACACUCCGAUGGGCACAGAAUUGCUUAUAUUGAGUCUCGAUUUGGUGAAGAAUCGGAUCGGAGUGAUGGGCCAAGAGAUGCGCAAAGCGUUCAUUCAGACAAUACUCGUCGGUCUCAUCGAGAAGUCGACGGACUCUAAAGUGAUGAAAGCGAUCACCAAAAUGGUUGAGGAUUGGGUCAAGAAUAAGGGCCCGUAUGGGGCCAAUCAGGCGCCUAUACUGCGCGAAAAGGCGCUGCUAUUGGUGCGAAUGAUGCAACACAUCGAGAAACGCUUUCCCGACGAUCUCGAACUGAACGCCCUUUUCCUCGAACUAAUCAAUUAUGUCUAUAGAGAGGAGACACUGAAGAACAGUGACCUCACGCCCAAACUGGAGCCCGCGUUCAUGGCUGGCCUCCGAUGCGUUCAGCCGCACAUUAGGGCCAAAUUCUUCGAGGUUUACGACGCGUCGAUGAGACGGCGACUGCACGAGCGGCUCAUGUAUAUCCCCAUUGAUAUGGAUGUGUCGCCGCCCGACAAAGAUGACGAAGACAUGGUUGAGAUCGAGCUGAACGCCACGGAAGAAGCGCGCGGAGCAGCCGUUAUCGGCGGUCUUAACGAUCCGCUGACCACCAGUGUGUUGGCCGCGGGCGGCGUUCGGCGUCCGUCCACACCGUUAGACCCGAAACAACACUUGCAGUCCAUUCUAUUGAGACAAACAAAAUUCAUGGACGGUCUGCAGGAGACGCGAGUGAUCACAUUCUUGACGGCGAUGUCCCAACUCUGCCAUAUGGACACAGCGCUGGCCCAACACAUCUGGAUUCAAAUGUUUCCCAGAAUCUACAAAAUCCUUAGCGAACGGCAACAGAAUCUACUGUCGCUGGAGAUCGUGCCGUUCCUGUGCUCCGGGAGUCAUGUGGUGCAGAAAGACCACCACCCGAGCGCUGUGGGCACGUUCAUGGAGUCGGUGGCUCUGUGCGCGCCGCCCAUCACCAUAAGGCCGUGUCUAUUGCGCUAUUUGGGUAAAUCGCAUAACCUGUGGCACAGAGCGGCCCUCCUAUUGGAGAACGCGUUCGAGAAGGUUCACGCCCAGAAUCCGCCGCCCAAUCAGCCAAAGGUGACCCGAGCGACCACAUCGUCCUCGUCGGCCGCCGACCACGACUUCGAGUCCGCGUCAUUCCCGGCGUUGUCUCAAUCGCAGGAAGCGUUGGACGCUUUGGCCGACAUUUACGAACUGUUGAAAGAGGAGGACCUGUGGGCCGGACUCUGGCAGAAGAGAGCCAAAUAUAACGAGACACACAUAAGCAUGUCGUUUGAACAACAGGGCUAUUUUGAACAAAGUCAGGGCGCCUACGAACUCGCUAUGAGUAAAGCCCGCAACGAUUACAACACGAGUGCGGCGCCCGUUUCACUGCAGGGCGAGUACCGGCUGUGGGAACGCCAUUGGAUUCGUUGCUCGAAGGAACUCAAUCAGUGGGACCUAUUGCUAGACUACGGCAACUCCAAGGACUGCGCCAACCCUUUCUUGGUGUUGGAGAGCGCGUGGAGAGUACCGAACUGGUCGCUGAUGAAGGACUCGCUCGUUCAGGUGGAGGCCAACUGUCCGAAAGAGAUGGCGUGGAAAGUGGCCCUCUAUAAGGGCUAUAACAACAUUUGCAGCGCCGACGAAAACAACCUGACGAUGGUCGACAAGAUGGUCGAACUGUCCACCAGUCUGUGCAUCAAAGAGUGGCGCCGAUUGCCGCACGUGGUCUCGCAGGUGCAUAUCGUGCUCCUGCAGGCGGCCCAACAGAUCAUGGAGUUGCAAGAGGCCGGACAAAUACAUCAGGGCCUACAGCCCAACAAUUUGGGCCGCAGUUCCAGCCUUCACGACAUGAAAGCCAUUGUGAAGACGUGGCGCAACCGACUGCCCGUUCUGGCCGACGAUCUGAGCCACUGGUCGGACAUAUUCACGUGGAGACAACACCACUAUCAGGCUAUUGUCUCCCAUUACGACCAAAACAAUGCCAUUUCAAACGCGGCCAACGCUACCAAUCAGGCGGUGGCCAACGCACUCAACUCUAGCCCACAAACAGACCCGCAGACGUCGCACGCCAUGCUUGGAGUGCACGCCUCGGCCCAGUCUAUCAUACACUACGGAAAGAUCGCCCGAAAGCACAAUCUGGUCAGCGUUUGUCUCGAUUCGCUCAACAGAAUCCACACGAUUCCGUCCGUCCCUAUUGUCGACUGUUUCCAAAAGAUCAGACAACAGGUCAAGUGUUACCUCCAGUUGUCGAACACAAUGGGAAAGAACGAACUCCAGGAGGGGCUGGAAGUGAUUGAGUCGACGAACUUGAAGUACUUCUCCAAAGAGAUGACCGCCGAGUUCUACGCUCUGAAGGGUAUGUUUUUGGCCCAAAUCGGGCGCUCAGACGAGGCGAACAAAGCGUUCAGCGCCGCCGCCCAACUGCACGACACUCUGGUGAAGGCGUGGGCCCUGUGGGGCGACUACUUGGACUCGAUGUUCACACGCGACCGGUGGGACAGUCGACAGAUGGAGUUGGGAGUGUCGGCGCUGACCUGUUAUCUGCACGCGUGUCGCCACCAAAACGAGAGCAAAGCCCGGAAGUAUUUGGCGAAAGUUCUGUGGCUCUUGUGUUACGACGACGAGAAGUUCUCGUUGGCCGAAGCGGUCGAGAAGUACAACGUCGGCGUUCCGCCCAACAGUUGGCUCCCGUGGAUACCACAACUCAUGACAUGUUUGGUCCGCAACGAAGGCAAACUCAUCAUGAAUAUCGUGUCACAAGUGGGCCGUGUGUUCCCGCAGGCCGUCUACUUCCCCAUCAGAACACUGUAUUUGACGCUUAAGAUGGAACAGAGGGAGAAGUUGAAGACCAUGUCAGUCAUGGCGGCCGCUCAGGCCCAACAAAAUGCCGCUCAAACACAGCAAACGCCGGCCAAAGUGCCGGUAUCGACAUCUUCCGAACCCACGACUCCCGAUAUCAAACCACAGAUACAACUGUUGCCACAACAGCUGCAACAGAAACCGCAUACACCCUCACAACCGGUUCCGCCGCAAACACCGCAACAGACACUGCAAGACACCCAAUACAGGGCCACUCAACCGAUGUGGAGGGCCACUCAACCGAUGUGGAGGUGCUCUCGAAUAAUGCAUAUGCAACGAGAUCUUCACCCGACGAUCCUAUCGUCGCUCGAGGGUAUUGUCGACCAAAUGGUUUGGUUCCGCGAGAACUGGUACGAAGAAGUGCUGCGACAACUGCGACAGGCGUUGGCCAAGUGUUACGCCGUGGCCUUCGAGAACAGAGCCAAUGUGGCCGAGGCUUUGGUCACUCCCAACACACAUGCAUUUGUCAAAAAACUUGUGUCCACUUUCGGGAUCGGAAUCGAGAACGUGUCGAGUUCUCAGUCGGCGCCCAACUUCGUGACCGCGGCGUCCGAGUCGUUGGCGAAGAGAGCGCAGGCGACGGCACAGGACCCGGUCUUCCAGAAAAUGAAGGGGCAGUUCACCACCGAUUUCGACUUCAACGCUCCCGGAGCCAUGAAAUUGCAUAAUUUGAUCACUAAAUUGAAGAAAUGGAUUAAAAUACUCGAAGCGAAGACCAAACUGUUGCCCAAAUCGUUGCUCAUCGAAGAGAAGUGCAAAAUAUUGAGCAAUUUCUCGCAACAGACGGCAGACGUGGAACUUCCCGGAGAGUUCUUAUUACCCAAACAAAGCAAUUAUUACGUGAGAAUCGCGCGGUUUAUGCCUAGAGUCGAGAUCGUCAGCAAACACAACACCGCCGCCCGACGGCUGUAUAUACGCGGACAUAACGGCAAGAUUUAUCCCUAUUUGGUGGUCAACGACUCGUGUCUGAGCGACGCCCGGCGCGAGGAACGGGUGCUUCAGUUGCAGCGACUGUUGAAUCACUAUUUGGGCAAACAGAAGGAGACCGCCAAACGGUUCCUGCACUUCACAGUCCCGCGAGUGGUGGCCGUCAGUCCGCAAAUGCGUUUAGUGGAGGACAACGUGAGCUCUGUGUCAUUGCUGGACAUCUAUAAGCAGCGCAACGCCCGCCGCGGCACUGAACACGACGCCCCCAUUGCCAAGUAUUACGACCGGUUGGCGAACGUACAGUCCCGGGGCUCACAGGCCAGCCAUCAGGUGCUGCGCGAUAUUCUCAAAGACAUUCAGACGACAAUGAUUCCCACGAAUCUGAUCAAAGAGUGGGCCAUUCAGACCUUCCCGUCGGCCACCGAUUUGUGGACAUUCAGGAAACAGUUUACUCUUCAAUUAUCUUUGGCCGCAUUCGCCGAAUACGUGCUUCACUUGACACGACUGAAUCCAGAGAUGAUGUACAUUCAUCAGGACAGCGGACUCAUGAAUGUCGCCUAUUAUCGGUUCGACAUCGACGACAGCACCGGCGAAUUGGACGGCAAUAGACCCGUCCCUUUCAGACUCACACACAACAUAUCGGAACUGAUCUCAUGGAUGGGAAUGUCGGGUCCGCUCACCUCAUCGAUGAUAGCGUCGGCCCGAUGUCUGGUGACGCCUAACUUCAAAGUGCAGUCCAUUCUGAGGGCUGUAUUGAGGGAUGAGAUGAUGAUGUGGCACAAGAAGUCUUUACGGCACUCAUUAACGAAUGCAAUCCAAUUGCAGACACAGGAGGACAACGCCAACGCCUCGGGAGAGAUGAUAGUGGACGGCGAGACUCUCAUCAAUGUUGUCAACAAAGCGGUCGCCGCUAUUAUGACUCGUCUUCAAAGUUUGGCUGUAUUUGAGGGUUCGGACAGCAAAGUGGCCACUUUGGUGGCGGCGGCCAAUUCGCACGACAACCUGUGCCGUAUGGACCCCGCGUGGCACCCGUGGCUCUAAUUGGACCCACAAUUUGUAUUUGUUAUAUUCAAUUCAUAUUCAC